AUGUUUUCUAUAAUUUAGUUGUAGUAAUAAUAUCUAGAAUGUCAGACAUUCUGAAACCAAAGAAAGAAAAUAUAGAAAAUAAUUCAAAUGAUGAUGAAAUUAAAAAGACUAAAAUAAAUGAAAAUGGAAGAAGUCCGAAAAGAAAAGUUGAUCUCACAGAUUCUUACCAUGAUGAAUACCAGUAUUUGAAUUUGGUUAAAAGAAUUAUUGAAACUGGAUAUUCUAAAGCUGAUCGAACAGGAACUGGAACACUUUCUAUAUUUGGUGGUCAAAUGCGAUUCAAUCUUCGUGAAUCAUUUCCACUUUUAACAACCAAACGUGUAUUUUGGAAAGGUGUUGUUGAAGAGUUGUUAUGGUUUAUUAGUGGUUCUACUGAUGGAAAUAUUCUUGCACAAAAGGGUGUGCAGAUAUGGAAUUCUAAUGGAACUAGAGAAUUUUUAGAUAAAUGUAAUUUACAUCACAGAGAAGUUGGAGAUUUAGGACCAAUAUAUGGUUUUCAGUGGCGUCACUUUGGAGCAAAAUAUGUUGACAAACAUGCUGAUUAUACUGGGCAGGGUAUUGACCAGUUAGCACAGAUAAUUCAUACAAUUAAAACAAAUCCUGAUGAUCGAAGAAUGAUUAUGUCAGCAUGGAAUCCAGUAGAUAUACCACUGAUGGCUCUUCCACCGUGUCAUUCAUUUUGUCAAUUUUAUGUUGCUAAUGGAGAGUUAUCGUGUCAAAUGUAUCAGCGUUCUUGUGAUAUGGGUCUGGGUAUUCCAUUCAACAUUGCAAGUUAUUCUCUCCUUACAUAUAUAAUAGCUCAUGUUUGUAAUCUUAAGCCUGGAGAUUUUAUACAUACACUUGGAGAUGCGCAUGUGUAUAACAAUCACGUAUCCGCUUUAAAAGAACAGAUUGGUCGUAGCCCCCGUCCAUUUCCCAAGUUAAAUAUCAAACGAAAAGUAGAAAAUAUUGAUGAUUUUAAAUCGGAUGAUUUUGAAUUGAUUGGUUACAAUCCGCAUCAAAAAAUUAAGAUGGCCAUGGCUGUGUAAAUAUUCACGAAAAGUUGGUAUAUAAACUGGUAUAUAUAACUAUUUCAUCCAAUAAACUAGAUAAAUUAUCGAUGGAUUGCGCAUUAAAUGUAAAGCUUUUAUUUAUAGUCUAUCUUUAUUUAUAAAGUUGUUAUUCUAAAAUAUAAAUAUAUUUCUAUGA